AUGGUUCGCGGAGUCGGAAAAGUGAUAUCGGGACAAGGGUACAAGGAGUAUAGGCUUGGGGACUAUUCACGUUGGUUGCAGAAGUAUGUGGUCAAUGGGAACAACUGGGAUGAGAUUAAGAGUUGUUUGGUUGAUCUCCAUUUCUGCCAGAGACUCUCCGGUGAGAAGGCUGAGGAGUUGUAUAAGCAAAGCUUGUCUCCUACAGAGUCGGGCUGCUGUAAGCCUCCCAGUUACUGUGGCUUCCAGUUCCAGAACGCCACCGUCUGGACAGCCCCCAAAUCCGGCCCUGCCGUGCCUGACUCCGACUGCACGACGUGGAGCAACGACCAGAUGCAGCUGUGCUUCGACUGCAAGUCGUGCAAGGUCGGAGUUCUUGGCAACAUGAAGAGAGAGUGGAGGCAAUUGGCCAUUAUCAACUUCAUCAUCCUUGUUAUCAUCCUCAUUGUCUAUUCUCUGGGUUGCUGUGCUCUGAGAAACAACCGAGCAGAUGGGUUCAAGAGACAUAAAGGCUACCCUUGA